ACGAUUGAAAGUUCUCUCUCUUCCUUCCUCAACUCCGGGAUCAUCUAAUAUGGUGCUUGCUGUGUCCACCACUGCACCUACACGUGGUUCCACUCCUUUGACUUGUCACGACUGCAACAAGGUGGGUCAUGUCGUCGCUCAAUGCAAAAAAUUGUAUGCUUAUUGUCGACGGAUUGGUCAUGGUAUUCAGGACUGCCGUACACGUGCCUAUGCAUCUUCUUUCAGCCGUGGACGUGGUGGUCGUAGUCGUACUCUUUCUGCUAUUGCUGCCACUAUUUCUUCCGAGCCGUCUGUUAGUGAUACUGCAUCUACUGUUUCUGCUGAAGGUCUUUCAUCACCUUUGACUCCUGCGAUGCUCCAGCAACUCAUUCAGGCCCUUUCUGCAGCCGAUAUGUCAAGAUCUGGCAACGGGGAAGGUACUUGGGAUGGGUAGGCGGCAUGGUCGUCUGUACGUGCUUGACUUUAAUCCCUCUGUCACUUCGGCUCAUUGUUUCUUUUCUCCAUCUUCAUCAGAUAUUUGUUC